AUGGCAUCCGCAACCACAUUCUUCGACUUCAAGCCCAAAGACAAGAAGGGCAACGAGUUCCCGCUCGAAAGCCUCAAGGGCAAGGUCGUCCUCGUCGUCAACACGGCCUCGAAAUGCGGUUUCACGCCCCAGUUCGCCGGCCUUGAGAAGCUGUACCAGGACCUCAAAAAAGAGCACCCCGACUUCCAGAUCCUCGGCUUCCCCUGCAACCAAUUCGGCUCGCAGGACCCAGGCUCCAACGACGAGAUCCAGUCCUUCUGCCAGGUCAACUACGGCGUGACGUUCCCCGUGCUCGGCAAGAUCGACGUCAACGGCGACGCCGCGGACCCCGUGUUCGAGUGGCUCAAGACGGAGAAGCCGGGCCUCAUGGGCCUCAAGCGUGUCAAGUGGAACUUUGAGAAGUUCCUCGUCGGCAGGGACGGCAAGGUCGUGGGGAGGUGGGCUUCGACGACGAAGCCGGAGAGUUUGAAGGCGGAUAUCGAGAAGGCGCUUGCGCAGAAGUAA